GUCUUGUACGAUACUUGACUAGACAGAACUUGCUUCUAUUCCACUGUUACGGUAUCAAUAUCCCACGCGACAAUUUCAGUUCUACCGUCAGCCCUCAGAAUUACCUAUCAUCAUAUUUCUUUCAUAGUGGAACCAAUGGCUCCUAGCGGUGGUGCAUCAAGACAAAAGAGCUGUAAUGCAUGUGUGAGAAGCAAACGUCGCUGUGACAAGCGGGUACCAGCUUGUAGUAAUUGCACCAAAAAGCGUUAUCUCUGUGUCUACGGUGGACAGUUGGAUAUGCAGUUGUACAACUCCUCACUAGAUGCUUCGAUGAACCUAGACUCAUUCUCCGGACCUUCGUCCACUUCCUGUGGAGAUGGCUCUACGUUAGAUGGUGACGAACUAUCCGCCACAUUCAGCACGGAAGUAAUGAAUCUAUCAUCUGAUCCGCCACUUCAGAUCGACAGUACUCUUGAAUCUUUACUGGAUUCAAUAGCACAACAUGGAUUUGGUGAAACCCCCGGGCCAUUUGACCUCUUGAGGCAAAGCUCGCAAGUGGCGUCUGCACCAACAGGUAAAUCAUUGUCGCGGGAGGAUUACACGAGAAUGUGGGCUAUGUGUGAUGAGUACGCUCCAUGGCAACUAUCCGACACUUCGACCAGAAUUUCUUAUACAGUAAACGUCUUUAAAAACUUCCAUACUACGUUUGCCCAAGAAAAUUCUACUAUAUACAUGCAUCGCCAACUAUACGUAGAAAACCCGCCUCGUUGGAUUUUACAAGCCUACUCGACGUGUGCUAUCUACAAGAACCAGACAGAGGCAACUCGUGGCCUUGUUCUGAGGAUCCUACACGAGAACAUCAACAUUCUCAAAGAAACUGCCAGUGGUACGGCACUUACUCCUUUAGAGAAGCUCGCGAGAGUACAUGCUCUUAUUGCUUACCAAACUAUUCGCAUGUUUGACGGUGAUAUCACGCUUGGUCAACAAGUUGAUAAUGAUUUACCACUAUUAUCGGCCUGGAAUGCCGAGCUAGUAAAACUGAGAGAUAAUCUUGAAGAAUUUGCCGAGUUAGAUGAUGGCGAGAUUCGCAAGAAGCCGCCUGAAUCCUGGGAACGUUGGUUCUUUGCGGAAAGCGUUAGGAGGACGUACCUCAUAUGUAUUGUUUUCGAAGCUCUCUGGGACUUGCUGAAAGGACGAAGGGUAGCUGGUAUAACCGAUCUUGGGUACUGGAAAUAUGUCCAUCGAUGGAGUUUAUCAAAACAUCUAUGGAAGGCUACUAGUCCCUUAGAUUUCUUUAGAGCAUGGAGAGAAAAGCCUAUGUGGAUCAUAUCCGCUUUCGACUUUGACGAAUUCGUGCGGACUGGAACAGGAGACGAUAUUGACGACUUCGCCAUGUUCUUCCUGGCGUUGUCUUUUGGUGUCAAUGAGAUGCAAAUGUUCUGCGACGAAACAAGCAGACGAACCCUAGCGUAAGGAUAUACGUCAUAUCGAGAUUGUCGCCAUGGGUUUCAAACUCGCCACAACUCCGCAGCUCCGUCCCAAGUCCGCACCCACAAAGCGGACUACGCG